AUGGAACUCUUUCCGGGUCUUCCCAACCACGUCGCUCUCGAAUGUCUUAUUCGCAUACCUUUCGACCAACUCCCUGUGGCUGCCUCCGUAUGCAGUGGUUGGAAAGCCGAGAUUCAACUUCCCGAGUUUCGACGCCAUCGGAAGACGGCUGGCUUGGCCCGAUCACUCAUCGUGGUGUCGAAUUCUCAGGUCAAUCCGACCCGAAACCGACAUACUACGAAGCUUCCGGAUCCGCUCUUGUAUCGGCUCGCGCUUUGUGAUCCGGAAACUGGUUCUUGGUCCGAACUGCCACCGGUUCCGGGUUUUUCCGAUGGGUUACCGAUGUUUUGCCACCUUGUGGGAGUUGGAUCGGAGCUGGUAUUGAUAGGCGGGUGCGACCCGCUGACGUGGCAGGUAUUGGAUUCCGUGUUUAUUUACAACUUUGUUUCCGGCAUGUGGCGGCGUGGGGCAGAUAUGCCAGGUGGCAAAAGAUUAUUCUUUGGAUGUGCAUCGGAUUCUAAUCAGAUGGUGUAUGUUGCCGGUGGUCAUGAUAAAGAGAAGAAUGCGUUGAAAUCUAUUUUAGCAUAUGAUGUGACAAAAAGUAAAUGGAUCAAAAUUCCUGACAUGAAAAAAGAGCGAGAUGAGUGCAAGGGUUUAUUUCACGAUGGCAAGUUUUAUGUGAUCGGUGGAUAUCCUACAGAAAUGCAGGGUCAGUUUGAAAGGGAUGCGGAAAUAUUUGAUAUUACCACUUGGCGCUGGGAUUCGAUACAAAAAGACUUUUUAGUAGAUGCCAUGUGUGCAAGGACAUGUGUGUGCAGUGGUGAUUCACAUAUGUACACGUGUUGCGAGGGUAAUGUGAUGACACGUGUGGGUACUAGUUGGCAGGUCCUGGUUGGACUACCAGUUGAGGUGUCUAAUGUAACAUACAUGACAGCAUGGCGAGGCAAGUUAUUAGUGUUUGGUUCUUCUAAAUUUGGUGAUCACAAGGUUUGUGCUAUGGAUUUAAAGAAUAAUACGUGGGCAAAACUAGAUGUGCCAGAAGAAUACUCAAGCCAUGUCCAAUUAGGUUGUUGUUUGGAGAUUUAA